AGAGAGGAAUUAAAAAUAUAAGUUAUUUGCAAUGCUGUAGAAAAAAUAGAGUCCUUCCUUCGGCGCGCAUGGCGGAGGCGCCUAAUGGUGCUUCGGCUGGACACGAGUGAUCAUUUCGAAUGGCACCCGUUUCUGGGCGCCGACGUGCUAACAGCGGCGGCGGCGGCGGCGGCAUCGGACGCAAACUGUUCUUGGCAUGGUGGCCGGAAGUUGGCGCCGAAGGUGGCGCCCAAGGCAAAACAUGGGCGCGGUCGGGUUUCCGAGCUCAUUGGCUUUUUUGAAAAGUUCAGCUCUGAGCACGUGACGCAUACAUUCAACGACAGCGGGUCCCCGGUGUCGGAGAGUGAAGAGAGCGAUGAUGACGACGAAGUUGUCGGCACCCGAAAACCGUCGAGGACCGUGGUGGCGAACUCACGGCAUGGGAGUCGUUUCGUGGGCGCCCCGGAAACGGCCGUGGGAAAUGGCGGAUGCGGUGACAUUGCCGGAGACGCCGUCAGCGUGGCGGAGCAGUCCGAAGCGGGAUCAUGUACAGACGGUGGCAACAGUCCGAAUCGUAGUUUAGCCGCCCUUGAAUAUCCCGAAUCGAAACGGGAAAAAUCGCAUUUGAUCGCUGCAGAACUCCUCGCAACUGAGAGCACAUACGUGGAUAUUCUACAUUUGAUUGAUCAGGUGUUUUAUUCAAGACUGAAGCGUGAGAAUGAUGCAAAGCAGAUGUUUCCUGUGGAGAUGCUGCCGCAGAUGUUCUCGAACGUCAGGUCAUUGUACAAGUUUCACCAUGACUUUUUGUUACCAAAGUUGAGGGAGCGCAUGGAUCAAUGGGACUCAGAUCCACGCAUUGGUGAUAUUAUGAAGGACUUCGCUCCGUUCCUGAAGAUGUACACGGAGUACGUGAAGAACUUCGACAACGCCAUGAAUCUCAUUAACGCACUGAUGCACAAGAAUUCUCGCUUUGCGGCUGUCAUUGAAGAAAUUCAGCAAUUACCCGAGUGCGGGAAUUUGACGCUUCAGCACCACAUGUUGUCCCCGAUUCAACGUUUACCACGUUACCAGCUGUUAUUACAAGACUACCUUAAGCGAUUGCCGGACGAUUCUAGUGAUAGGGACCACACGGAAAAAGCCCUGCAUUUAGUCAGCGUUGCUGCGACGCACGCCAACGACGCUAUGAGGAAAAUAGACCAGUUCAAGCAGCUGUUGGAUAUACAAGACCGAUUGGGCGGCGUGUCUACAAUUGAUCUUGUAAGCCCCUCUAGAGCCUUGAUUCGUGAAGGAAAGGUGACGAAAAUUUCCGCCCGUUCCGGUGAUCAUCAAGAACGCUAUAUGUUUCUGUUCUCUGACUUGGUGCUGUUGUGUUCAACGAGGCGAUUGCCUGUCGGCAGCGUUGCCCAAUAUCGGUUACGAGCUCAAUUCCCGAUGGCGGGAUUGCAAGUUCUGGAAGGCGACAAUCUUGAGACGCCGAAUACAUUCUAUCUGUCUGAUGGACAGAGAACCGUCGAGCUUUAUACUUCGAGCGUGGAAGAUCGAGAAGUUUGGGUUUCGUCGUUCGUGGAAGUGAUCGAAGACUUGUGCAACAGAAAAUCGUCUCUGCGACUCAGUCCUAUGAGAGAUUCGGUGGAUGGAAUAGGGGAAGUUCCUCCGAUUCUGCAGCGAAUGGACUUGGCCAGCAAAUGCAUGGACUGCGGGGCUUCGUUCACGUUCAAGCGGAAACAUCAUUGUCACGGUUGUGGCAUGGUCGUUUGUUCAAAGUGCUCAAAUCAGAAGGCAGUUUUGAAGUACUAUAGCGGGAAAGAGAGUAGAGUUUGCAAGGAAUGCUCAAAGCGAUUGCAAAGUGCCGCAUCUGCGAAUCAGUCAGAUUCGCUCAAGUCAGCCGACAGUGUCAUCACGCUCACGAAUGGCACGUGCGAUUCCGGAUUUAUUGCGAAUGGCGAUUCGCACUUCCGCCUUGGACCUCGUUUAUUGGAUGUACCCGCUAACUCACCAUGCGUGGUGAGUGGUUACCUCAACCUGAAGAGUGCCCGUGGACGAACCUGGGUGAAGCGUUGGUUCGUGCUGCACGAAAGCGGUGCGCUGUUCAGCUACAAAUUGCCCACAGAUGAGCGGGCUUUGACUGCAACCCCAGUCCCUGGUUACUCUCUGUCCCACGGCGUUGCCUUGAGAGGGGAUCCCAUGGUGAACGACAAGGAGCGGGACCGCACCUUCAAAAUUUAUUCCUCGACCAAGGCCUACUACUUUCAGACCGAAACCGCCAAAGAUUUGAACCGGAUAAACCCAGGGAUUAUUCGACUUCGAGCCAGAGUCCCCGGAGAUUCCAAGACCACAGAUACUUCAAUGAUUGAAUCGGAAACUUCAGUUUCUCGCGGAAAUGCUGCAUCUUUUCCGAUUCAGCCGAAAGAUGUCGUUGAGCGUUCUUCCAGAUCCCAUCAAGAACUGCGGAAUCGACGGAAAUUGCAUUUGAAGGAAAGUCUGAAAUUUGUUGAUCGAGCCAGGAUGACUGGCCUGCAGACCCUGAAAACGAGGCAUUCUUUUGAAGAAACUGCUGAGGGAGAAGAUGCUUCUGCUCCUCUUCUGGACGGACAGAGAAAAUAUUCAGAAUUUUUUCACGAGGUGUUCCAAAAUAAAGUAUUGCCCGCGUUGCUGGGCAAAGGCGUCAAAGAGCGAAGAGAGAUCCCAGAAGUGUUGGACUGGUUAGGAACUGUGGUGGAGCACACUUCACUUCAUGGACGCGAGGAUCACCCUGUGGCAGAGAUCCUGUUUGCUCUUAGUUGUGCACUGGCACCCAAUGGAAGUGAAUCCAGUCGCGAGUUGCUCAAGGAAGGCAUGCAAGGACAUAUUCACUCGUCGAAAAGAUCAACUGGUUUGUCUCGUCAGGAAAAGACUGCCCUUGAAAACGCCUGUGUUUUGGGCUGGUGUGCAGAAAUGUUGAGUGUUGCUCAAAUGCUACACGAUGAGAUUGUCCACAGGCAGGUUUUCGACUGGCGCAUGGAAACCGAAUGCUGGUUCAUGCGAAAGGCGAGCGAUCUUCGCAAAUUUCACCCAAUUUUAUAUUUCAAUGGUUGA